AUGGCCGACGAUACUUCCACCUACCUCUCGCCAGCUCUUCGAGCUCCAGACUUUUCUCCAACAGCCUAUGCGAAUAGCCUUGUCCUUGCGACUAACAAUGCCUCCGACACACCUCUCGAUCUUUCCACUCCACUUUCGAGAGUCCUCUUCGACGUCCAAGAAGUAGACACCCACAUCGACACCUUGGCUACUCAGAAUGCGCUGCCAAUAGUCUUGCACACGCGCACGCAGACCGAGAGCGCGACGCGGAUUCUGGAGACAGUGGAAGAGCAGGUCCAGUCGCUCAACGAAAGCUACAAACGCCUAGAACGAGAGGUGGUAGAGCGAUAUGAAGCCGCAGAGCAAGUCCGGCUUGCAGCCGAGCGAAUGGUGCGGACAUUGAGGCUAGGAAGAGCAGUUCAAAGAGCAGUCGGACUAGCAAGACAACUGCAAAUCUCCAUGGAAGAAGUCGACCGGAGGGAUGGACACAGAAGCAUGCUCCCAGCAGCCAGAACAAUUCUCGAGCUGAAAGAAAGCUACGAAGGCAACGAAGGCAAAGACCUCUCUCGCAUCCAAAUCGCCCAAAACAUCCGCCAAGACCUUUGCACCUCCCACGAACGAACCCUCGCAGAAAAAUCCCGAACCAUAAUCCGAGAAUUCAGCCUCAGCAGCCUAACAACAACCCCCAACAUCAGCAACAUCAACAACGCCGAAAAAACCUUCUCCCAAGCCGAACAAACAAAAGCAAAAACCACCUCCGCCCUCCAAACCCUCUACCUCCUCUCCCCACCACCCAAAACCUCUUCCACCAACCCAGAACCCUUCGAACCCACCAUCCUCCUCACCUCUCUAACAACCUACCUCCAAACCUCCCUCCAAUCCAGCCUCGCAUCCCUCGACCGCUCGCUCGCAACCUAUCCCACACUAGAAAAAACCCUCCUCGAAAUCUCCGCCCGAUGUCAAAACAUCAUCGCCCUAGAAACCCUUCUCGAAACAACAAAACCACCAGCAUCACAAAAAUCGAACACCACCAACCCAGAUAAAAAUGAAAACCUCCUGCAACCCCUCCUCAGAAAUCUGGAUACUUCGUCAUUACCCUCGUAUUUUUGGAGGAGUUUGGCAAGUCAAUUGACGACGCGAGUGCAAGGGAUUCUUUCGAGAGGGGGGGUUAGUGCCCGGACUUUGAGGAGUAAUCGGGAACGUGUCAGGGAGCAGAUUCGGGAUUGUGUGGAUCGGGGGUAUAGAGGGAAGUUUGGUGGGGGGAGGGGGAAGAAGGAAGGGGGUGUGAGUUGGGAAAGGGAGGCGGCGGUUAUGGUUAGUAGUGUGGUUGGGCCGCUUGGACGGUGA